AUGCCCCAAAACACCCCUCAACCACCCGCCCGAACCCCCACCGAUUCUCACUGCGCAACCCACAACCGCAGGCCCUGGAAGGCAGGCGAGAAGAAGGGGCUCGUCGUCCUCGUCGUCGCCGUGCUGAUCGUCGGCGUCGUGUUCACGGUCUAUUACGACGCCAUGUACUACUCCAGCGGCGCCUUUCUGCUCCACGAUAAGACCGGCAACACGUUGGUGGAGCGACAAGAUAUCUCGCUGGCUGGGGUAGGAAGAGAUGCGAACUUGUGUGGUAGCGAUACCGGAGGCGGAUGUGAAGCUUUCGGUCGUCCGAACAUGUGCUGCCCCCUCGGCAUGACCUGCAAAAGGAGCAACUUCUCGCCCUCGGGCGUCUUCUGCUGCUCGUCAAGCUCCAACUGCCGCGCGGACCCGGACCUGCCGCCCCGCUGCGACAAGCACACGAGCGCCUGCAACAAGAGCAUGGGCGCCGGGUGCUGUCUCCACAACACCGAGUGCGACAAGGACGGCUGUCUGAAGGUGUACCGCGCCGCGCCGGGGUUCUCGACCGCGGCGACUACCUUGACGACUACGUCGAGCACGGCUAGCGUGGCCGGCACCAAGACCACGUCGAGCGACGCGGGCGGUGUCACCAUUACGACGGCCAAGAUGGCAGAGACGGCUCUCACCGAUGAUGGGACGAAGGGGAUAAAGCCUGGCUUCGGAUACUCGAGUUGCCCGCUGUUGGAGGUGUGCGCGCUAGGAGGCGCUAUUGCGGUGGCUUAUGCGAUGGCUUUGGGGGGUUGA